AUGGAUUUCUCUUCAUGCAACAAGCACGCACCCGAGAUUGUUUUCUUUGAUUUGGAAACUACAGUGCCCAAAAGAGGUGGCGAGCGUUUCUGGGUGCUGGAGUUUGGUGCUAUUGUAGUUACUCCUCACAAACUCACCGAGAUUGAGAGCUACACCACCCUGAUAAAACCCAAAGACUUGUCUGUAGUCUCAGUGAAAUCUAGCAGAAGUGAUGGAAUAACUCGUAAAGCUGUGGAAAAUGCACCAUCCUUUGAAGAUGUUGCAGACAGAAUAUUCGGUAUCUUAAAUGGAAGGGUGUGGGCGGGGCAUAACAUCCAGAGAUUUGACUGUGUCCGAAUCAAAGAGGCCUUUUAUGAUAUCAAUAGGCCAGCACCUGUACCUGUUGGAAUCAUUGAUUCCCUGGGGGUCCUAACUGAGAAGUUUGGAAGAAGAGCUGGUAAUAUGAAGAUGGCAUCACUGGCUUCUUAUUUUGGCCUGGGCCAACAAAAGCACAGGAGCCUAGAUGAUGUUCGCAUGAACUUGGAGGUGGUUAAGCACUGCGCAACGGUGUUGUUUCUGGAAUCUAGUCUACCAAACAUAUUUGAAAGCAAAUGGUAUGAAUCUCCCAGCAUCAUGACGCGAAGCAGAAGCAAUGCGAAAUCACCCUGCAAGGAAGAGAGUAGUAGAAAAUCUCCCCCUACUACAUUAGGGUAUCAGAGGACUGUCCCCUAUGCUAGGGGAAGUUUGGGAAAGGUGACCGAAAGAGUGAAGGGCUUGUUGUGUAAAGCACAAGGGCAACCACCACUUCAACAACUACUCAAGCAUUCUCAUUCAUUACUAAGGUGA